CAGGAGGUGGAACCUUGGGAGACGAUUGAUGGGAUCCUGCCGACAGUGGCUAGCUGCUGACACCCAUCAUUAAUUGUGCCAGCCCUGAUCUUCAGUCUACACCUGAAGAUUUAGUUCUUGGGUUGCCCUCGCUCCAACUGAAGGGUCUGAGUGUUUGUAAACCGUGCCACUUCAUGCGCUGCGUCUGAACAGCGUCCAAGAUGAGCUGGAGCUUCCUCACACGGCUGCUGGAGGAGGUGCACCAACACUCCACCUUCCUGGGCAAGCUAUGGUUCACCACCUUCCUCAUUUUCCGCAUCGUGCUCACGGCGGUCGGGGGCGAGUCCAUCUACUAUGACGAGCAGAGCAAGUUCGUGUGCAACACGGCGCAGCCUGGCUGCGAGAACGUCUGCUACGACAGUUUUGCGCCACUCUCGCACGUCCGCUUCUGGGUGUUCCAAAUCAUCAUGGUUGCCAUGCCCACCAUCCUGUACCUCGGCUUUGCCAUCCAUCGCAUUUCCAGGAGCGAAGACAAGUGUGUCAAGCGGAAGCGAACUCCACUGGUGUGCCGUGGCCCCGACCGCGGGGUCGAAGAGGCGGAAGACAACAUGGAGGAGGACCCCAUGGUGUGUGAAGAGGAGGAGGAGGAGGAAAAGAAGACGGGUGGAGGAGACGACAAGAAGAACAAGGAGAAGCAGCACGACGGGCGGCGGCGGAUCAAGACGGACGGGCUGAUGAGGGCGUACGUGCUGCAGCUGCUGGCGCGCACGUUGGCCGAGGUGGGAUUCCUGUUCGGGCAGUACCUGCUGUACGGCAUCGAGGUGACCCCUCGCUUCGAGUGCUCCCGCGACCCCUGCCCGCACCGCGUCGACUGCUUCAUCUCGCGCCCCAAGGAGAAGACCAUCUUCCUUUUGGUGAUGUACGCUGCCGCCGGGCUCAGUCUGCUGCUGGACCUGGCCGAGAUGUGGCACCUGGGGCUGGGCGCCAUCCACGACUCGCUGAGCGGAAGGCGCUCUCGUCAGCAGGAGGACAGGUCAGCGGGCAAGCACGCAAAGAAGGUGACAUCGAAGAUAACGAUGACUAACGGUGGUUAUCGGGAGAGCAACGGAGUGCGCGUGCCGUCAGCGCCCCCAGGCUACCUCACGGCCAUGAAGCCCUCCUCAGACGGAAACUACACCAGGGUACCAGAUGGUAAGCUGUCGCUGAGGCAAGCUUCGGUGGAUCCCAGCGCAAUGUCACCGCAGGAUUUUGGGCGGCUCCAAGAUAACCUGCGCAACCUUCAGAUGCAACUGGAGCUGGCCCUCAGGCCCCGGGGGCCCCUUCAGCUCCCGCAGGCCACAGCCCAUGCGUCCUGCAGUGUGAGCACGCCCGACACCGACAUUGUCACGGUGGAGCAGAACCUCGCCAACGCCGCACAGGAGCUCCUGAAGUGACCGCCCGGUGCCGUUGAGCCACCACCACGUGGGUUGGCACCACCACCACGUGGGUUGGCGGCACCACCCCCUCAGACAGAGAAGUGCCUUUCGACCGAUAUGUAUUCACAUCGCUGCCCUUUGCCUCAGUACCUGUGAUUUUGUCCUAACGCUGUCAAUUUUUUUUAAAGAGGAUUUUUUUACAUGUAUUUUGAUAAGUAAACCACUUUUUUGCCCACCACAUGUAUCGUGAUUGCACGUGAUUUUGGCUGUGGAACCUUAUUGCCUUCGGUACGAAAUUUAAGACCACUUGCACCAGCAGUUAGUUUAGUGGACUGAGAAGCUGGGAAUGAAGAGUCAAGGGUAGUGGAGCUGACAACCACAGGUAACAGCCAUAGCCACGUGUAAUGGAAAGGUGGGAAAACAAAUGGUGAUCCAUGCUAGUUGCUCAAAGUGUUACAGGUUUAGUUGAGCAAGGGCAUAGCAAUGUGAGGGAUUUGGUAAUUAGUUUUUCUAUUUUGUUAGAACUUGUCAUUGACUUCCUCCUUCUGAAUAUUCCUUAUUUUAACAGAGAAUGUAGCCGGGUGCUUCCUCUAAUUCCUCUGUAGGGUUUUUUUCCGAUAUGAGAGGAAAUGUAAACCAUGCCUUGAUGCAUUUUAAUUUGGUUUCACCCUUAACGUGCCUUGGGUUUUGUAUGCUAGUUGAUUUUUUUGGCAUUAUUAUCCAUUAUGUCUUUAAUACAUUCCAUUUACUUAGUCGUAAUGCGCUGCUGUUUUGAUUGUUUUAACUUGAAACGUUUUCUUUACAUCUGAAAGUAAAAAUGCUGCCAUUUGGACACCUAGUCGAAGCUGAUUACUGUAAACAUAUUUUCUUACGUAUUAAAGUAGAAGUUUACACUUUUUGUAUCUACCGCAGUUUAAGUCACUGCCAUGCAAAUUACGAACGUGUCCUGGAGACCCCAGAGGAUAUGUUUUAAGCACCAUUUGAACAAGCUCUCAAUGCACGCGUUGGUGGUGUCCAUGUUAAAGUUUGCUCUCCGCGCCAAGGCCGAGCGUCAAAUCAUCCCCCACCCCUUGUCGCCGAUUGAGCCAGAUGGCAUUUGCAUUCAGAUGCCACCGCGAGAAGCCCCGACGGCGUAUCCAGCGCGAUGUUGCCCCCUACGGCUUUCACGCUCGCAGCAGAAUGUGCUUGGCCACACCUGAUGACGCCGGUUUGUUUUGAUGUGCCCCCCCCCCCCCCACACGCGGGACGCGGGAGAGUGGGGCUCCCUCCGCUUGCAGAUGAACCUCGCGCGCCUUUUGUUUGCAACUUCUAAAUUAGGAAUGUGUGUGGAUUUUGACUUUUUUUAUUUACAUUUGUCUUAAAAGCAUUAUUUUGGGAAUGCGUUAGUUGCGUAUUAACGUACCUGUUUUGGGCUGUAGUACUUCAGUGCUACGAGCCAGUUUGUGUAAACACUUCACGUGACCAUUUGCCUACACUGACAUUUGUGUAGGGAGAAUGGCUGUGCAGUGGGCAGCAGAGGGGUAGAUAACAAAUGCCAUUGUUAUACUGUAGUUCUAGGCUCGCACAUCCAUGCUCCCUCCCCACCUUCAACCCACACUGAGACCUGCGUGAUAUGGUCAAAUAACCAUCACCACCCACAUGGCACGGGGAGGCCCUCUUCUAGCAGUGGAUUGACCAAGGGUUGUAAGUGUACAAAUGUACACUGCAAACGUAUGGGAAAGUGCUACACGUGAAGUCUUUAAUGUAACCGGCUACAGCAUUCACGUCUACCCACAAUUAUGAAUUCAGUAAUUCCCAAUUCGGAAAUAUGUGCACCUGUGUAUAAUCGACAAAUCAACAUUUUGAAACAUUGGCACACUCGGCAAGACAUGUGAGUUGCAUGCUAUAGUUACUCCUAUAAUGUGUCGUGCCAGUUCCAGUUAUACUGGAAUGGAACUAUGGCCACAUUCCAGGGAUCCAUGCGGCGUUUACCGAUAAUGUACUUGAAGUCUCUGAUACUGGAUAUUCUGGUUUUCAAGAUAAGCAGAUUUAUUGCAGGUGCGUGCUACUGUUUGUCUUAAUUACUAUCAUGUUCCUGUGCUGUACAUCUUUUCGAUGACCUCAUCAGUCGCUUCAUUGGCGUUGCCACGUUGCGGUGCGCGCGUGGAGUGGUGCUUUGUAGUUUAAUUG